AUGGAUCUCAUUGAGAUGGCUGCCGAAAAACACCCUGUUGGUUCGGCCCGUGACAAGGACGUUUACAGACCCCAACUCCAGGACCUACCUCCAAUUGCUGGAGACGGUACCAUCCUCUUGGACGUCUCCAUCACCUCCUACCGUCUCUCUGUGCCGCCAUUCCGUUUUCACGAGGUUUUCUCCACCCUGCACAUCCUAUCUCACCGUGGGAGUCGAGCAAUCGAUAAACUGGCUUUCGAGAGCUUCGUUGGACCUGGGAUACGCUAAAACCUGAAUGCAGAGGUAGAGGCGUGUCUUGGUUGUCAGCGGUGUAAGGUCCAGCUGUGGCGUGCGUACUUGUGCGUUGGCAGUUCAAGACUGCUUUGCUGCGGAGCCAUCAUCUGGCGGCGUGCCAGGACUAGUCUCGUCACCGCUGUCGCAGGUCUGUGGCUGCUUAUUUUCAAACGGCCUUCAUUAGUGAUCGUUCCGCCACCCGCAAGUCGUAAGCGCAUUGGGUAGCCAGCAGGUAGGCUAAUAAGUAGAAGAACACAUCGGCUCCGUCUCACUCAAACGAACUAAGUAACCAUCACGAAUUAAUAGCAGGACAAAUUAAAAGCGACUGAAAAGGGUCGUAGAUGAUGGGUUCACGUAGUUACAUUAGCGGUUGCAGGUGCCGAACACACGAUUAUCCCUACUCAUGGCGUGAGGAGAAAGCUGCUGUAGUCUGGUCCUGACUUCCGAGGCGCGCCGAGAUGCUCCGUCAGUUAGAAACCUCCCUGAUGAAGACUUUUCGCUUCUAAAUUACUUGACGAUGUGUCAAGUACAGUAGGUGGGCUAACUCAUGAAAUGUCAACCGAUAUUCCGAAAUGCGUUUUCGUUUCGAAAAGAUUAAUUAAGUAUGAUUGUAAAACUAGUCAGUCUGCAACAUAGUUCUAUCAUAUUUCAAUUACCUCAGGAUGCCGGCUUUCGAAAGAACUUCUUUCCGGUUGCAUGCAAAAACUACACUCUGUAAAAAAUGACUAUUUAAGUAACAUGAAUUUUUCUCAUUGAUUUUCGAUUCCCCCUAAAGAGUCAAUUAUAUUUCAUGGAAAACAUGCAUAAAAAUAUUCAUUCUUUUGUCUAUUAGGUAGAAAAUUACGUCUUCUUCUAAUUUUAUUCUCGAAGAAAGGGUAGAAUUCGCUUUUAAAAAAAGUUUCUUAUGUGAGAUUUUUUAAUAUUUUGUUAGGGUCAGUUUGCCUGCGUCAUCCCGAUGCUAGAAAGUGCCUAUGGACCCGCCACGAUAUUAACAUCGUCGCAAAGAUGUCCGUGCAUCAUGUAUCUAUCCAGCCAAUCCUCCUAUACUGUUGUGAACACUGGGCCAGGUGCGUAAACGACGAUAGUAAACUAAAGGCGACUGAGUACCUUUAACUGAGAAUCAGCCUUCGAGUGGAGUGCAGAGACUUCGUAUCAAAUGAUGCAAUACGCGCUCGUUGUGAAAACAUCGAGAGGAUAUCUCAGGCUAUCCAUGAAGGACGACUGGUCUGGUUUUGACACGUCUUUCGUCUUUACCCGCCUCAUGAGCUCCGUGUCACUGCUCUCGAUAGGACCUCCUUGCCUACCUGGAGGCGUCGAGGCGGAGGCCGACAGAAAUCGACCUGCCCUACCGAAUCCCCCGCGAGGUCGACGACGACAAUCACCACCAGCACCACCACUACUACUACUACUACCAGCACUAG